AUGGCGUUGAAGCUCGGCAUCAUUAUCUACGCGAUCCUCCAGUUCAUCGCAUUGUUGUGCGUGAUGAUCGGUACGGGGGUCGACAUGUUUCACGUCACGCCGGAGUACUCGUUUGGCGUCAGGUUAUGCCUAACCCUAUGGGGUGAAAAGCUUGAUUGUCGAAAACCCAAAGUUAACAACCCCUCGGAUACACGAUGGGCGCUUUGCCCUAACCACCGCAACAACUUCCGCGUUGGUCAGGUGUUCGCUAUCAUCACCAUCUUUGUGUACGCCGCGUCGGUCGUGUUUGGCGUUCUUUGGCUGUACUACUGCUCUGGCUUCCGCUGGCUCUGCCUGGCGCUGAACAUCGUGGGCGCUGCCACCGCUUGCGUUGUCUGGGCGGUCAUGGCGGUGACCUACAGAAUCAAUAACGAACCACUUUGCGAAAAUCUUAGCAUAGCCUUCGUUUUUGGCACCGGCUUUGGUCUCUUCGUGUUUGCCUGGAUCCUAGAUAUCCUCGACAUCAUCUUCCUGAUGCGCCCGUUGCAAAUCGGGGAGUCCGGUGAGGGUGCGGCACCUGAGGAGCAGAAGGAGGGAAAAGCAAACGAAGAGUAG